AUGUCGAGGCCCAGGCCGUCCCAACGGAGACCCCGGCACAGGACACUACCGUGGCUCCGGACCCGGCCCCCUCCGUGGAUCCACCUGCCACCCCGUCCCAGCCCCCGGCCAAGCGUGGUGCCGAUUUUCUCGCGCCCCAAAAGCAGCCUCCCAGCCACCCCCCUACGACUGGUGGCCUGCCCGCUGCUCCCGCCCAACCCCCUAAGAAGAAAGCCAGCUUUCCUCCGGCCCGGCCUUCCACCCCCUCUUUCCCCCCCCGCCAAGCCGGCGGCUGCUCCAUCCGAAGCGGCUCCCAAGGCUCCUGCGGCAACUGCCAAGGCUGCUCCGCCGCCCCUCGAGAUGGACCUGUCCGUUCUUUGCACUCUGGACGAUGAUGCCAUCUACCGGUCCCUGGCCGACUUGCCACCGUCCCAGGUGACUCGACUGCUUUGUUUGAUCGCGGAGGUCGCCCAGGACGUCACCUAUGCCAUGGGCAACCUGGGGCAGCUUGACGUCGAGGUUCCGGUCGCGCACAUGUCCCAGACCGGCCCGCCUCCGAACCGAGGACGCUACCCGCAGACUACGCGUGGUGACCUCGCACCGGUGCCGGCCGGUCCGCGCUUUCCGGACCAACAGGCAGCUGACGCCAUCCAUGCCGGUCUGGACCAGAACGAUGGCACCAGGCCCGCCGAUGGCAACUCGGCCCAGCCGACCCCCCCCGGUGCUGGUGGUGAUUCCGGUGGCCUCCGUGUCCUGCCCGGUUUCGCCCGCCCGCGCCAGGCCCUCCUUACGGACACAUCGGCCAUCGACCCGAAUGCGCCCCUGGUCCACUCUGAUCCCAACCGCCCCGGCUGCACUCCGGUCUUUGUGGAUCGGGGCCAACUCACCCCGCGCCGGGCCAAUACCGGCCCCUGGACUAUCAGCGAAGGCUGGGAGCGCCUGAGCAUUUUCCUGCCCGAGACGCCCGGCCCGUUCAUCCGCACGGACUCCUGGCCCUGGCCCGACCUCUUUUGCUUUGAGGAGCAGGACUUGCCAAGCUGGGCUCCUCUUCAGGAGCCUCCAUCGGUUUUGUCUCACCUGCACAUUCGCGGCUACUGCUCGCAUGAUUGUCCGGCCCGGGGCCCGCAUUGCCUCCGCAUUUGCCUCCGGCCCGUGAUGUUGCAUUCCCGGACCGAUCACACCGGGCACAAAUGCCCUUACUGUAUCCAGGACGGGUACUAG